GAUUUCUUCUGACGGUUGCUGUUGUAUUGUCGUUUCUUUGCAAUAAUAAACCUCAAACAAGUCUUCCAGAAAUAGCUACAAAAGAAGUGCAUUCCGAUUUACCAGUCCCACACUGCAUUUGUACCUUUGUGUUGCUCAAAACGAUAGAAUAAUUAUCAAAUACGGCUUGUAGUGCCUGUUGUACUUCCUACAAUUUUGGUAUACAAUAUUUCAAAAUGGCUGAAGUUGCAACUGAGGUUCCAUCAUCUACUGAACCCACCGAGGUGCGAUGCCAGGAGAAGACCAGGGGCGGCCUCAAGUACGAGGUGAUCCUCGGGGAGCCCGAAGUGAAGGCCACCCCGCCCAAGAAGCAGGUGUCGCCGAAGAACAGCAUGUCUGUCCAGGAUAUCGAGGAGAAGCUGAAAGCUGCCGAAGAACGUAGACAACAAUUGGAAUCGAGCAAAAUGGCUGCUCUCUCAGCGAAAAUCUUGAAGAUCGAAGAGGCCAGUCGCAAGAAGGACGAACAGACAACUCAGUUCAUAUCGUCGACUCGGGAUGCUCUGGAACAGAAAAUGGGACACCACGUGGAAAAGAGAGAGGCUUACAUCACCGAUUUGAGGUCCAAACUCAAGGAUCACAUUGAAAACGUAGAAAAAACUCGUCUAUCGCUGGAACAACAAACAGAAGAAGUGCGGACUCAAAUCGAAGAGAAACUCAAAUGCGCCUCUCAACAGAGAGAUGACAACAUCAAAAAGAUGCUGGAGCGUCUAAAGGAACAUGAAGAGCAAAUCCAAAAAGUGAGAGAACAAAAUAGUAACAAGCUCCAACAGUUAGAUACCACAAUUACCGAAAAACUGGUACAAGCCCAGACGAGGAAAGAACAGAGAGAACAAGAACAGAAGGAAAAACUGAAGAACCACGAUGAGCAAGUAAACAAGGUACGAGAACAAAAAACCGUGAAAUUGCAACAGUUGGACAACGCGAUCCAAGAAAAGUUGGUAUUGGCCCAAACUAGGAAGGAGCAACUCGAGCAAGAACAAAAAGAAAAAUUGAAAAAUCACUAUGGCCUUUUUGACAUUCCCUCUGAUUUCAACACAGACCCUGGAGAUGAUGAGGAGGGAGACAGUGAUCUGGAAGCCGAAUUGGCUGCUCUUAGUAGUGGCUCAAACCCUACUGUCAAAAAGCCUGUGAAAAAGGUUAUACCAGAUAGAGAAUUACAAGCCAUGGUUGCAGAUACCAUGAAAGACAUGGAUGAUGAUGAUGAUGAGUCAGUAGAUGAGAAUGAUCCAGAUUUGUUAGAAGAAUUGAAUGAACUCACAGGGAGUGCUGAAGAGACAGAAGAAUCUCCAUCACAAGAAGAACCACAACUUGCCACCUCUGCCAAUACAGUUUCAGUUUUAUCCAAGAGAAUAAAAAACUAUGAAUCUGCAGAAAAAAUUGCAAAAGAAUGUGGUGAAUCAAGCAAAGCAAGGCGGUAUGGCAGAGCUACAAAGACUCUCAAAGAUCUUUUGAAACAGGCACAAUCUGGAAAACCAGUAAACCUAAAUGAUGAGAGUGUGCCACCUGAAAUUGACCCCAAUAAGGUGAAACCUACACCACAUCCAGUUGAAAUACCCUCAGAUGUGCCACUAGUGCCUUCUAGAGCAGCACCUACAAUUCCUGAGACACCCAGUGAAGAGACUUCUGUACCUAGAGACCCUGCUGACAUUCCUAUAGCAGUACAAGAGAAAGUUGAGGAAGUGAAAGCUAACAUUGAUGAAGAGUUGCUGAGUAUGCUUAGUGACAGACAGAAAGAAUAUAAAGUCGCUGCUCUGAGAGCUAAGAAGUCAGAUGAUGGUGAAACAGCUAUAAAAUUUGUGAGGAUAGCAAAACAAUUUGAUUUAGUAAUUGAAGCAGUGCAAAAUGGGCAACCUGUGGACUUAUCAAAAAUGCCUGGGCCCCCAGGCGAAGCCCCAACUAGAACAGAGCCUAAAACUGAAGAAAAUAACAUGCAGCAGACCACAUUGCCUGAAAUAACUGUCCCUGAAGCUGCUGAAAGUCUCCCUGAGCCUGUUCUGAAAACUGCCACCACUGUCCUUGAAGCACUAGAACAAAGGCUGUCUGUUUACAAGGAACAUGAGGCAAAAGCCAAAGAAGAAGGUAACUCUAGCAAAGCCAGGAGACAUGGGAGGAUCAUAAAGCAAUUUGAGCAAGCCAUCAAGGCUCACAAGGCAGGGAAACCUGUAGCUUUUGAUGAGUUACCUACACCUCCUGGGUAUGGACCAAUUCCUGGCCAAGUUCCUAGUGCUAGUGCUAGUCAGGAUGGAGCAGAGGUGGCUCCUAGGCCUGCAGUGGCUGCUCCUGUUGCACCACCCAGGAAAAAAGCAGAGGGUGAUGAUGCUAGUAUUGGUUCAGCUAAAAAUGUUCCAGGUGGCAGUGGUUCAUUGACUACACAUGCACAAAAGCAAGUUCUGAUACUUGCAGCCAAACAGAAACAAUUCAAAGAAGCAGCCUUGAAUGCCAAAAAACAGGGUGAUUUGGUGCAAGCCAAGGAAUUUCUGAGACAAGCAAAGGGGUUUGAGAAACUCAUAGAGGCUGCCCAGGCAGGCUUGCCAAUUGAUUGGUCUUCUAUUCCAGUCUCACCAGAUGCAAAAUCUCAGCUAGAUAAUGAGUUGAGUGGAUAUGAAUUCAUCAUGGCUGAAGAGGUCUCCGAAGACUCGACAGUCGACUCGGACGUGCUCUCCCGACUAGAAAACCAGCUCCAGAAGCAGCUGAAGAUGUGCCUGACCACCCGGGACCACAACAAGGCCAUCGGAGACGUGGCUGGGACCAACAAAUUCGAGCGGUUGGCCUUGAACGUCACCAAAGACCUGGACGUCCUUCGAGUGGCUAAGAGGACUUCUAGAGGACCGCCGAAGUUCCAUUACGAGAUGAAGAGUUUCGCCAUUGUGAAGAGCUUUCCGGAGAUAAUGGACAAUCAGAUGGAAGUUAGCGUUAACAGGGGGAUCAAUUAUCAAUCGGACAAUCCGAAAGAUAUUGAUACCUACGUCAAGUUGGAGUUUCCAUUUCCACAGUUAAUGGAUGGCAGAAAAAAGGUUGGUGGGAUGCUGGAGGUUCAGAUUAAAUUAAGAUCACCCAUUGUCACACAACAAGUGGAGAAUAUCCAAGAAAAAUGGCUCAUUAUAGACCAGUAACUCAAUAAUAUGGAAUGAUCCAAUCAUUUAAUACUUGAUAUAUGCUUAUAUUUGUAUGUACUAGCACACAUUGUAUAUUUUUAUCAAGACAAGUUGUGAUGUUUUCUCUAACUAUAGGUUUUAAAUAUUUAAAAUGUUCAUUGUUAAAAAUGUUCAGAAAAGAUUUAAAGAAAAUAAAUAUGACUUUUAUUGAUUCAUUGGUGUUUUUGUAAACAUUUCAAUUUCACAACCCAACAUAAGAACACAGCAUGAAUGUGAUAAAUAAUGUGAUCAGUAGUAUGAAAAUUCCUACCCAAACUGGCAUUGUUCCUAAAAAA